ACAAGCAAGGGCCUCCGACAGUCCUGUCUAGCAACAGAAGGGGACUUUGCUGCUCACCAGGUGCAUUUUGGAAAGAAAGGCAACCUUCCUGUAAACGGUUCAGCUGUGCUCACUUGUCCCUUGAGUCUCUCCAUGCCGGUUGGGCAGCCUAAGGGAGGACGUGACCUGGAGGAGCAAGGACACCCACUGGACAGCAGCUGCUAGAUGUGGUUCUGUGGGGACACAGAGCCUCUGCUGCUGCCCACAGCUUGGAGGAGGGCAGGCAGGAGGGAGCAGCAGCAGGAGGAGGAGGAGGGGGUUGCCCUGGCCCUUUGCUCUGCGUCGGACCCUGGCUGCUGCCCAGGUGCCAGGGCAGGCAAGCUCCGGCUGCAGCAGGACACUCUUUGGCCAGUCCCUGGCAGCCCUCUGCAGGGAGGCUGGCACACUGCCCCAGCCCAUCCAGGAGCUGCUGGCUGUCCUGCAGUAGGAAGUGCCUUCGACAGAGGAGAUAUUCCACAGAGCUGCCAGCAGGACAGCGUUUUGGGAGCUGUGGGAGGCCCUGGACCGUGGUGCAGACAUCGACCUGGGAAGCCAGCCUGUGCUGCUGCUGGCCAUCAUCUUGAAGGACUUCCUCCGAAGCAUCCCCUCCAAGCUCCUCGUGAACAACCUCUACGAGGACUGGAUGGCAGCCAUGCAGAAGACCAGCAAGGAGGAGAAGAUGGAAGACCUGAAAGCUUGCCUGUAGCCAAUCUCCUCCUCCUGAAGUGGCUGCUGUCCCUCCUCCAGCAUAUCGGCCACAACACAGCUGCCAGCAAGAUGAGCUGCAGCAACCUGGCCAUCUGCGUUGGGCCUAACCUGUUGAGCCCACCCAAUGAGGACCUGCUCCCACUGGAGGCCAUGCUGGAGGUCACUGAGAAGGUGAAGGUGCUGGUGGAGUUUCUGAUGGAGAACUGCAGGGAACAAUUUGGGGAGGAGACAACUGACCCUUCCUGUCCAGCAGCCAAGGAGUCACCAGCCCUCAUGGAGAGAUCCAGAGACACCUCCAGCUUUGCCUCUGACCACCCCCGAGAGCGUGGCAGACUCCCUGGGGCACCCAGAAGAACUGGCGAGCCGUUCAGGGGAAAGAAGGUUUGCAGGCUCUCCCCAGGACAAGGAAAACAGAAGAAACCAAAAAGAGAAAACAGGGCUGGGGAGAGCGAGAGUGAAAGCCACGUGGAAAAGAAGAGGAGGAAGAGAAAAAGUUUUGGGGGAUUGACCAAUGAAAAGAUGCAGGAAGGUGCAGAAGGUCAGGAAGCCCAGGUGCUGAUUCAUUUUCACUGGCUGAACCGCUAUGACUGCUGCGUCCCCACAGUUCAUGUCCACAAUAAAAUGACCUUUUCUCUCUUCUGACUGUGUCUGCCAUAGGAUAUUCUGUUGUGGGGAGCUGUUGUUUUGUGAUGAAUCCUCGGGGAGGAGUUUGGAAUCAUCCCUUGUUCAGCAUCCUUUCCAGUGGGCAUCAGGGCUGAGUUGAGGUGCUUUAGGAGUGAAACCAGAGCACAAUAUCACACAGGCUGGAAGGGACCUGUGGAGGUCAUCUGGUCCAACAUCUGCUCAGGCAGGCUCACCUAGAGCAGGUUGCCCAGGACCAUGUCCUGGUGAGUUUUGGGUAUCUCCUUGGAGCAGCGCCAUGAGGUCAGAGCAAGGGCAAGGCAUAGGCAGGGCACGGUGGCCAGGAAGGGCUAAAGGUCCACUGCAGCCACUGUCACCUGCAGCUUGCUGUCCCCUGCAGCCAUCCUCCUUGCACACUGAUUGUCAGGCAGUUUUCUCAGACCCCCCUAACUCAUGGCAAUGGUAUAGAUUAACUUCCACGCUGGGCAGUAUAAAUGUGUCAGCUCACCCAAAAAGCUUUUGAAGCAGCUCCAACAGCAGCCGGACUGCUGAAGCUUUUGUGUAUCCCGGUGUGAUACAGAGGACACCCGCACCAUGAUGGAGGAGGAAGGAUGAGCACUCUCACCAUCGACUCGGGAACUAUUUUGCUCAUAAGUGCACAAGUUACAAGUUAUCAGUUACAGAUUACCAGUUAUGAAUUAGAGAACUUGUGAGUUCAAAACCUAAUGAAUUAAGUGGUGAAUGAGUGAAUCCACGUUAGGCUAUUCCAGUUGAAGGGGAUUGAGCCCUUGUUUGCCAUUUUUGUUUGUUUGUUUGUUUGUUUUCCUAAUGAGCUCAUAAAAUAUAGUUAAAUUUACAGAGUAUGUUGUCCUGUAAAUGCGAGAGAUCGAAACAGACCAUGACACUGCUCAGUCCAGAAGAGGCUUCCUGUUGCUUUGCAUGGUCUGCAGGACAGGGUGGGAGCUGUUUACUAUUUUGAGAAGCUCCACAGAAAAUAUUCUUCAUCUGUAAGUUAAAAGACCUGCCUUAAUAUUUCUGGUUUUACAGUGCUGGUUUCAGCUGGGAUAGAGUUAAUUGCCUUCCUCAUAGCUGGUAUAGUGCUAUGUUUUUGAGUUUGGUAUGAGAAGAAUGUUGAUAACACGCCGAUGUUUCCAGUUAUUGCCAAGUAGUGUUUAGACUAAGUCAAGGAUUUUUCAGCUUCUCAUGCCCAGCCAGCAAGAAGGCUGGAGGGGCACAAGAAGUUGGAAGGGGACACAGCCAGGACAGCUGACCCAAACUGGCCAAAGGGGUAUUCCAUACCAUGUGGUGUCAUGCCCAGUGUAUAAACUGGGGGGAGCUGGC